AUCAGCGGGCAGCUGGAGCAGCGCCUACUGUCAGCUCCUCAGAUUGAGCAGUUAGCUUCAUGCCUAGCAAACACUGCUCUAAGAAAAAGCUCAUGGCCUGUCGGCUCUGCGUGUUAUUUUAAAGCCGUUUCCCAAAUUGGAGUAGCCAGAUUAGGAAGUGAAACAUCCAGCGGAGUUGUGUUUUUUGCCAGCACUUCACUGUGAACGGACGACGAGACGACUCAGUUUGGAGCUAACGUUGGUUAGCUAGCUAAUGUUAGCUUGCUAACGCAAUGGCUUAUAGGUGUAUCCCAGAUGAUGUAAGGCAUCUCUGCCUGUAGAGACCAAGAUGACUGAAGUUCAGGCCACAGUGGAGUUCUCUGUGGAGCUCCACAAGUUCUACAAUGUGGACCUUUUCCAAAGAGGGUUCUACCAGAUGCGCGCCAGUCUUAAGGUCCCACCCCGAGUACCACACAAAGUUGAAACAAGUCUGCUUCACCCAGGAGAGGGCUGGCAGUUUCCUGUAAAUGCAGGCUCUGAUCUGGCAUUUCCUGCUUCAGUCCAAGAUGAUGUCAUCUGCAGCAAAACUUUUCAAAUCCUGUAUAAGAAUGAAGAGGUUGUGGUCAAUGACGUCCUUCUCUUCAAAGUGAUGAUGCUGCUGGAUGAGAAGAAGGUGGAAGAGUCCCUCAAUGACAUGGAUUUUCAGCUCCUCUUGGAUUUAUAUUUCACAGAUGGCGAUUACACGCCAGAUGAUCCAAGUUCUCUACAGAAUAUCAGUGGCCGCACACUUCGUUUGCACUUUAGCCUCCAGCGAGGCAUCCACCAACACGUCAAUGUCAUGUUUGACUACUUCCACCUUUCGGUCAUCUCCAUAGCCAUCCACGCCUCGCUUGUGGCACUACAUCAGCCCCUAAUCAGUUUCCCUCGACCUGUGAAAACCACAUGGCUUAACCGCAACGCUCCAGCACAGAGCAAAGACUCAGUCAUCCCACCUCUGGAGAAUGUGGUGUUCGGCAGCAGUUAUGUCAAGCAAGUAUCGCCAGAUGGCAGGACGUUUCUGGUGUCUGACCCCUGUCUGCAGCAUGCCUUCAGUUUGCACCAUAACCUCUGCUCCAAUCUCCUAGUAGCCUACCAGGGCCUCUUUGGCUAUUUCACCUCCAUUACUAAGGACCUGCCCUCUUCCCAUCGGAUGGAACUAGCCAAGCCCAGCAUGCAAGUCCUAUAUGAGAGAGUACUCAGAAGACCCUAUCCCCGAAGUCAAAGGCACGUCUACAUAGAGCAACUCGACUUAGAGGCCCGUCUAGCUGAGCUAUGCGAACAAGUCAAGCAGAAAGCCGAGUCCCCUGAUGAACUGGCGGAACUCGUAAAUAUGAAUCUGGCUCAGCUCUGCUCUCUGCUUAUGGCUCUCUGGGGACAAUUCCUAGAAGUUGUGUCUCUGCAGGAGCAUGUUGCUGCUCUAUUAGCUAUGGAACACCAUACACUAAGAGUAAGGCGAUUUGCUGAGGCUUUCUUCUGUCUGGAACAUCCAAGACAAUCUGCACUGGCAUAUCAGGAGCUACAUGCUCACAGUCACCAGCAGAUGACUAAUGCUAUCAAAAGCUCGAGCUACUUCAUGUCUUUGCCUCCGCUUCCAGUGGAAUGUGCAGACCUGGAUGGUGAUGUUAGCUCCCUGCCAAUUAUCUUUGAGGAUCGCUAUCUGGAUUCUAUCACUGAAGAUCGCGAUGGACCCUGGCUGGGCAUGCACAAUACAAGGACUGGCUCAGUUUCUUGUAAAGCAGACAAGCCCAACGCCAAGGACUACAGUGCAGCAGCCAGCCCCAUAUCUGAGUCACGAUGUGCUCCUAUGGAUAACACCUGGCCAGACAACUAUGAUCCACCACCAAAGUCCAAAGGCAAGUCCGUCAAACUGAAGAAAAAUUCAAAGACUGACAACUCCAAGAAGCUGAUUAGACAGGGCUCUAAGGACUCUGUAGUUCUGGUGGGCUAUAAGAACCUCAAAGUUCCUUAUGGUGAUUCCAGCAAAAAGUACAAGGAAGGUGAAGGUCCCCUUCACCAAGAUGAGGAACGAGAGACCUUGCAAGCGGAUUCAAGUAGUUAUUUAAGGACUAAUGUCAAUUCUGUUUUUGACUCUGCUGCCACAUCAGCACACUCUGAAAACCGUGCUGAUGAUUCUGUUGCGGAUGACAAUAUAGCUACUGCUGCUUGUCAAAAAGCUUUUUCCAAAAAUCCUACAACCUUGGACAUGCAGAAUAAUCCUCAGGCAGGUCCUGGGGUUAUUGCUACAUCCAACCAACCAGUUCACCACGAUGAGCAGAUUGACCACAGUGGCCAGAAGAUGCCACAGUGGUCUGCAGGACUGAAACAAAUUGAGGUGAAACCAAGUAACAAGGACCCAUACAGAGGUGAUAAAGUAACCAUUCUUCUACCAUAUCAGACUGAUGGAACUCUUAGUAGUAAUAUUCCUGAGAUCACCCAGACAGAUCUUUGUGACUCACAACAGUCUGUCUUAGAAUCUGUGUUUGAAAGGCCAAGUAACGAGGCGACACAGCGUGGCCAGUCCUGUGUCGUCUCUGUACAGGUAAAGAGUGAUUGUAUCAGGAUGCCAGAUGGAGGAGCCCCCAGUGCCUCGUCUCGCCUCUCUGACUCGGGCAUUGAGAGUGAGCCCAGCUCCUUCGCCACUCAGCUUGCUUUAGGACCACAGACCAGUGCAGGGCUAGGUGCCUCUGACUCAGGUCCUGCUGCCCCACAACCUGAGAGGGCUUUCCUGAGUCCUGCACGGCCUGCUCAGCAAAGUGCAAUACAAAAGCCCAGUGGGACAGGAGAAAUUCUGUACCCAGAAAAUACGAGUGCUGUCAGUGGAGUCCAGUCCUCCCUCACUUCGAUCAACUCCUUGCCCUCAGAUGAUGAGGGUGAAGGCUCCUCUAGGGGCUCCAGUGGUGCUGAAGUCCGAGGCAGGAAGUCCAGUGUUUUGGUGCAAGAGCAGAGUGUUGUCUUCUCUGGGGAUAUCACUAAAAGACCUGAUGUAGCCUCCAAUCCUGAUACAGUCACAGGUGAUUCUCAGCUUAGAAAACCUGCCUUUGACGUGGAAACAGAUUCCAAAUUACUAGGUUUUUCUGAAUUUGGACUUGAAGAAGCAGCUGGUUCUGGGACCGUUAAAGAACCCCGUAGUGAACCGCAUACAGCCUGCCCCUCUAGUAACUCUGCCACCAGUAGCACUGACCUGGUAAAGCGUGGGAUGGUAGAGAACUACUUUGGCUCAUGCUCUAGCACUGAUGUGUCUGAGAUCAGCCCUGUAGAAACAUCUGCUAUCACACUGGGAAUCCAGACAGGACCACAGGCUGAGGAGGAUGAGGAUGAGACAGAGCAUGAAAUGAUUGAGAACGGUUACUACGAAGAAGGUGACGGCUAUGCUUUUGUCAAUGGUGUGGCGGAUGAUGACCGUAUUGGGAUUGGGGAUGCAGCCGCUCAAGAGACAAGUCUUUUGUUCGAACAGCCCAGCAUUGACUACCUCCAUGAAACAAAAGAUUUAUCAAAAGCUCCUAUCUGCUCUAACCUGGCCUCCAGCAGUGUUGGCUAUACCUUGGGAAGACCUGUCUAUUCCUCCACUUCUCUUUCUUCUAGCCUGCAGUGGUAUGAAUGUGCACCCACACCACAGAUGAAAGUGUUCAUCAAGGCCAAGGAAGAAAUGAAGCAGCUAAGGCUUCCUGGUUUCUUGUACAGUGAAGUGCCUGAGCUGGCAUCCACUGUGCCCUAUUUCAGCUUGGAAGAAGAUGAAAGCUGUGAAGAAGGCAUCCAUCUCAUAGUCUGUGUCCAUGGCCUGGACGGUAACAGUGCUGAUCUGAGACUAGUGAAGACCUACCUGGAGCUUGGACUGCCUGGUGCUCGUAUAGACUUCCUAAUGUCUGAGAGGAAUCAGAAUGACACUUUUGCUGACUUUGAGUCAAUGACAGAUCGACUGCUGGAUGAAAUAGUCCAGUACAUUCAGAUAUACAACCUCACAGUGUCAAAGAUAAGCUUUGUGGGUCAUUCUUUGGGGAACCUCAUAGUUCGCUCAGUGCUUACCAGGCCCAGGUUUAAAUGUUACCUGAGCAGGCUACACACCUUUCUUUCCCUUUCUGGACCUCACCUGGGCACACUGUACAACAGCUCUGCUCUGGUCAACACAGGCCUUUGGUUCAUGCAGAAGUGGAAAAAGUCAGGGUCACUCCUGCAGCUGACGUGCCGUGAUCACUCUGAUCCUCGCCAAACCUUUCUCUAUAAGCUCAGCAAGAAAUCUGGUCUGCAGUUUUUCAAGAAUGUGGUGCUGGUGGGGUCACUGCAGGAUCGCUAUGUCCCCUAUCAUUCUGCUCGAAUAGAAAUGUGUAAAACUGCAUUAAAGGACAAACAAACAGGUCCUGUGUAUGCUGAGAUGAUUGAGAACCUGCUGCUGCCAGUACUUCAGAACAAAGACUGCAAUCUAGUGCGAUAUGAUGUCAUUCAUGCCCUGCCCAACACAGCCAACUCCCUUAUCGGACGGGCUGCCCACAUUGCCGUCCUUGAUUCUGAGAUCUUCCUGGAGAAGUUCUUCCUCGUUGCAGGCCUCAAGUUCUUUCAGUAGAACAGCAGCAGAAUCAAACACUUGGCUGGGCAGGAGGAAUGCGGCACUGAUACCUCACUGCAACUAAAUGUUAUUCUGAUCAUGGCAUCUGGAUUAUCUCUUGGUUUUUCAGUACUUAUAAUUACUUUUCAAAGACAUACGAACAAAGUUGUUUUUCUUUCUUUUCAUGUUGUUUAUAUUGGAAUCAUGGUGGAUACGGAGUUUGCCAUUUUUAUUUUUCUACUACCAUUUUUUAAAAACAUUGUUUUGCCUCUGUGUGUUUGGAAAAUGGUUUCCCCCAUCUUAUGCUAUAUUUUCAGUGUUAUUUAUGUGUUAUGUUUUUACGUAAUUAUUUUACUCCAACUUUAUACAAUUAAUUUUAGACUCUGAACUGGAAAUGUAGCUGCUACAAAUAAUGAAAUGGCUGUUUUGGUGAGCUGGCCCAAGUCAAGUCUGCACAUACUGUCCUCACCAUUUCAAAUGUUUUUCCACUAAUGUUAAGAGACACUGCAUUGAUUUGCACCACAACUACAUUUUACAAGCUUUUGUACUGAAAAUGGUCAUUUGUACAAGUUACUUUUUUAUCAACAAUUUUCCAUCGUUUUUAAAGGCAAAGAUUGCAUAUGAAAUAGGAUUGUUGCCCAGACUUUGCAGCCUUGGCUUUGGUCUUAAUACUUAAUGCUGUUACUUGCCAUUGCAGCACAACAUUUACCCAGCCUGGUGUUGGGAGAGUAAAGCUUUGCCUACAACAAAAUGACAAUUUAUUACAGGGGUUUUAAGAAAUGAUCAUGAUUCAGCAAAAGCACACGUUGGUAAUAUGAACUUGUUUUAUUGAAAGUAUUUUGUUGAUCAUUUGGUGAUUAUUUAUGUUUAUUAAACUGGAAAGAAUUGGAUGGAAUUAAAUGUUUCUUGGACAAUUGUUUAUAUAUCAUCAUAAUCUAUCAUUAAAUAUGCAUAUUAUGAAGUA